CUUUCUGGAAGGUAUGCUGCUGCAGCUAAAGAAAGCGAAAGUGCUGUACGUGGGAACAAUUUCUUGUGGUCCUCUAUCUGCAAAAUUGUUCAAUUUGACGACCAGUCCAUGGAUGAUCUAUUUCGAGAAAUGACAAACAAACUUCUCCCCUCUUCGGCUGAAUCCUCUGCUCCAGAAACUAGUAAUAUCCUUUCUGGAAGGUAUGCUGCUGCAGCUAAAGAAAGCGAAAGUGCUGUACGUGGGAACAAUUUCUUGUGGUCCUCUAUCUGCAAAAUUGUUCAAUUUGACGACCAGUCCAUGGAUGAUCUAUUUCGAGAAAUGACAAACAAACUUCUCCCCUCUUCGGCUGAAUCCUCUGCUCCAGAAACUAGUAAUAUAACUCUUGACUUUAGUGAUUGCUACAAAGGUGAACCUCAUCAGUCGGAGUUGCCUCAAAGAAAUUCUUCUGGUGGGUGUCCGACCAACCGCACUACUCCUGUUUCCAGUGCUACUCCGCCUCUUCCAGUGCACGCACCACGUAAAAGUACACGAAUUCUCGAGGCUGGAGAAAUUCGAAGAGCAAGGUUAUUUAAUCAAAAUCAAGACGCCGAAAACGCAGGAGGUCGAAAUCGCGCGACUCCCCCGAAACUGAAUAGAGUUCGUCAGCAGCACAGUUUGCGAGCAAUAACUAGGAUCAAUGAGAUGGGUCCUUCAGCUGAGAUUUCGCGGACAGAACGAUCUCCAUCCUCAAGAAAGCAGCGGAGUGAUUCAGUCACGAAGCAACCAUUAGGAUCGAAUAGUGGCAACAUACGUAACGUGACAUCGACCACACCUCCCACCAAUGCUCUACCUGCAUGUCCGUCUCCUACUUCAUCCAAUACAAAUAGGAAUGAUCUUCAUGAUAAAGAAUACAGCUCUGUCUACAAGGAUUUAUUUCUGUGCGUGAAGUCGUUUGCUCUUAUUGAAGAGGCUAUUGGGUCUUAUCGUUGGAGUGCGGCUAAAAAAAUUCUAGAUCUUGUUCCACCGUGGAUGGCCGAUUUGCCAAUAGCUCUGCACAUGCGAGCGCGAAUAGCCUUUGAGUUAACCGAAUAUAAUUGUGCUAAAGAUAUCCUUCAAAAGUUACGGAGAUUGUAUCCACAUCGGACAGAGGGGAUGGAGUUGCUGUCAACAGCAUUGUGGCAUCUUCAAGAUGCUCAUGAGCUAUCGUCAUUGGCGCAGCAUUUGACGACCGAGGCCCGGUCAAGACCGCAGACUUGGUGUGUUGCCGGAAACUGUUUCUCUCUGCAAAGACAGCAUGCAAAAGCGGUGGAUUGUAUGGAACGCGCAAUACAGCUGGAUCCAUACUUUGCAUAUGCUUACACUUUGCUGGGACAUGAGCUCAUUUUUCAAGAGGAAUACGACCGAGCUGCGAACGCAUUCAGACGAGCGUUGGAAAUUUCUCCCAAGGAUUAUCGAGCUUGGCAUGGACUUGGUCUGGUUCAUCUUCGUAAGGAACAAAUGGGUCUUGCUCAGGUCAAUAUCUCUAAAGCUGUCACAAUUAAUCCAACCAACCGAGCGAUGCUUUGUCAAUUGGCGCAAAUAGAGCAAGCACUAAAUCGCCCUGAAAGAGCGAUGCGACUAAUUGAUAGGGCUCUGGCUCUGGACCCUGACGACGUUGCUUGUCGAUACAAUAGGGCUCGACUACUUUUCGACACGAAACAUAACGAGGAGUGCGUUAAGGAGCUCAAUGAGCUCAAAGAAGUUUCACCCGAUGAGGCGUAUAUCUACCACUUAUUGGGGAAGGUUCAUAGGCGAUUGGGAAAUAAUCAUUUGGCGCUGUUGAACUAUAGCUGGGCCACAGAAAUGGAUCCGAGAGGGGAGCAAAUGUUAGGUCAUGCGGGAGAAAGAUCGUACGAUGAUGACGAUCCGUCUCCAACUGCGAGUUAG